AGUGGCAAAAGUAUAGCAAGAGAGGCUGCACACUUCUCUGUUUGUUCAAGCGGAACUUAUCUCCAGCCCGUCUAGAGUGAGACUCAGAUUAUUCUAUUCAUAAUCGGUGAUUCUAUCGUUUUACAAGUUGCAAAUUUGUCAAGGGAUUUCUUUGAAUUGGGAGCGCUCCAUGAGCAAAAUUUGCAUCAGAGUAACAACGCCAUAUAUUUUGUAAAACAGUACCAUAUUUUUAGCUGUUUUGCAAAGCAUCGGCUGCUAAUCAACGUGCUCAGAGCCUCAGACCGGGCUUAGCUCCUGCACCUGCAAUUCCAAGAAACAUUACACCACUUUUGUACCUACUUGGUACUUUAUAAGGUGUAGUAUGUAGAAGGUUCUACUAUUAGAUCUUCAUAAGCAAUACUGAUUCUUUACGUUGAUGAACGUUUUUAUUGCUUAAAAUAUAAAAUUGAAAAGUCUGUUCUGUACUAGAUUGAAUGAAACACUCAAGAUAUAAACUUUUUGGAAUUUAUCCACGCAAUAAUACUUAAUUUUUGUGAUAUAGUGUUGCCUCUGUGUGUAGAAUGACUAUUUUAAAGUAUAUCAUGUUAAAUUUCAUUAAGUUUGUUUAUUGCUCCAAGACUGUAAAAGCGGAUCAAUAAUUUUAGCAAUAACCUAUAAGUGUUGGUUGAAUUUUCUGUUGGGAGUUUUGUUUUUGAGUGCUACUGAACUGUUCUUUACGAACCGAACUUUCGUUUGAAAUUGGAAUUUGGAACUACAUUUGUAAUUUUCAAGACGAUUUGCGUCAGUGCAAAAAGUGCUGGUGUUUGAAAGAAGAAACUUGAAAGCAAGUACAAUAUAGAUACAGGGAUACUUUCAAUUAACGUAAGAAGUAAAUAUUACUUAAGAUCAAUGUAUCCCAUUAUGAUUUCAAUUGCAUCAAUCGGCGCCGAUCCUUACAUUACGUCUCGAAGUGAAGAUGAUCUGAAGAGGCCGCGGGUCGGAUGGAGGAAACCUGACCCAGGGGACUGACGAUUGCUGCAUUCCAACAGACCGGAGAGAUGAAAAUGGAUUUCUGCUGACUUUGCUUGUCACUGCUACUGCUGACAUUCAUUUGCUCUGUUGCUGAUUGAGAACAGACAAUUUGGACAAAGUGAGUGUUGAAUAAUUUUUGUAAAGAUAUGUGACUGUUGAUAUUGGUACUUCAGAUUUGAUAGUUUUUUGCUGUGACACUUGUGCUCCUACGUUUAGUCCUCCUGAGUAAACUAUUGGGGGUGUUGGGUUACUAUUGUAGUGGUAUAGAACUAAAAAUAAAAUGCCAGCUACACCAACCAACCUAAAACUUGGCUUCCAGCGCAACAACUACAGUAGAGUUUCGUUCGGAAGAAACUCUGAUAGUCAUGCAAAAAGAAAAGAAUCGUCUGGACCUGAUGCGCAGCCUUUACAGGGUGAUGAGUAUGCUGAAUUACAUGGAUUGCAAUCCGGGAUUGAUUACAUCAAUGCCGGAACUGAUGAGCAAAUGGAAGUGUAUGGCUACUGCCGCAACAAGGUGAAGACAGUGGUGACAUGGCUGUUGAUAGUGGUGACCCUGGGUGGCCUGCGACUGGUGUUCCACUGGUGGCCGCGCUACAUGCUCUACGCCACGCACUCCGUCUGCCCCCUCCACGCAGCCCACAAAGUCAUCAUCAUUGAACGUUAUCAAAAGAAGAGCAAACGCUAUUUCGUGAAGGACAUCAAAACACUCACUGCUCAAUCAUUGAGGCAAGAAGUGGAGGUUGAUCAGGUUGGGGUGGACGCCUCGUGGAAUCAACAGGCGGCUAUCCAGUUGAACAGGGUUCGCUCCCCGAAAUUGUCCAUUCAUGUCAGUGGAGGACAUUUCAAAGAUGUGGACGAGGUGCGCAUGUUCUGCUGCAAGAAGGUGUGCUACAUUUGGGACGCGGACAAGGGGGAGUUCAGCCGCCUGCAGGGCCUCGACUACAAGAUCACCACCCAGGCUUUGCAUCGACAGGUCGGACUCACGCUGGUACAGCAGUACCUCAGGCGAGCAGUGUACGGUCGGAAUGAGAUAAUAGUUCCUUUGAAGGGUGUGAUGACCCUGCUCUUCCUCGAGGUGCUCGACCCAUUCUAUGUCUUCCAGAUUUUCUCCUUUAUACUUUGGUUCAUUGACGACUACAUUCAAUACGCUACUGCUAUUUUCUUUCUCACCACUUCCAGUAUUGUUAUGAACACUAUUCAAAAUAGACGGAACCAGCGCAAGAUCCGCAGCACAGUGCACUCGACAGACGUGAUUGAGGUGGUGCGUGCGGGUGGCGAGAAGAACGACCAGAUCCCGACCGAGAUGCUGGUGCCAGGUGACCUGCUGUUGAUCCCCGCUAACGGAUGCGUUAUGCAGUGUGACGCGGUCCUACUCACCGGCACCUGUGUCGUCAUCGAGAAUGCGCUCACUGGCGAAAGUGUGCCGGUAAUCAAGACCCCGUUGCCGAACUCUAGCACGGUCUACUUUGACGAGAAGGAGCACAGCCUGCACACGCUGUUCUGCGGCACCAAGGUGCUGCAGACGCGUUACUAUGGCAACGAGCUGGUGUACGCCGUCGUCAUCCGCACCGGCUUCGGCACGUUCAAGGGCCGGACGGUGCGGGCCAUCCUCUACCCGCCGCCCGCCGACUACCGCUUCGAGCAGGACAGCUACAAGUUUGUCGCGCUGCUCGCCGCCAUUGCUAGUCUCGGAUUCGUAUACACGGUCGUCACCAAGGCGAUGCGAGGCGUGAAGAACUCGGAGAUAGCGCUGGACGCGUUGGACCUGAUCACAAUAGUGGUGCCGCCGGCGCUGCCCACCGCCAUGACAGUUGGUCGCAUCUACGCGCAGAAGCGGCUCAAGAAGAAGAACAUCUACUGCAUCAGUCCGCGCACCAUCAACGUCUCCGGAUCGGUCAACUGUGUCUGCUUUGAUAAGACGGGCACCCUGACAGAGGACGGCCUUGACAUGUGGGGAGUGGUGCCGGUGGAGCAGAGUGCAUUCCUGCCGGCUGUCAAGCAGCUCCCCCCCACCACCAGCCACCUGUUGGCCGCCAUGGCCACCUGCCACUCGCUCCUGCUCAUCGAUGGUGCCUACUCCGGCGAUCCCAUCGAUCUCAAGAUGUUUGAAAGCACAGGCUGGACGUUCGAAGAUCCUGAAGUGAACGAUACCAAUAAAUUCGAUUUGAUCUUUCCAACCAUUGCCAGGCCUCCAAAAUCAGCAAACACAGAAAAAAAGACGGACGUUGAAAUAGCCAUUCUACAGCGCUUCGCAUUCUCUUCGAUUCUGCAGAGAAUGAGUAUCAUUUGCAGGGCAUUGGAUGCCCACGAGUUCACCGUUUAUUGUAAAGGAUCGCCUGAAAUGAUUCAGUCACUAUGCAAUCCAGACACUGUUCCGGUCGAUUUUAGUAAGCAACUAGAGGAGUUCACACAGGAAGGGUAUCGCGUGCUAGGAUUGGCCUAUCGCAACCUGGCGGUGACCUAUCACAAGGCGUGUCGGCUGGAGCGCGAGGAGAUCGAAACCGACCUCUGCUUCCUCGGCCUGGUCGUCAUGGAGAAUCGACUCAAGCCCGAGACAACCGGAGUCAUCAAAGUGCUCAAGGACGCCAAUAUCAGAACGGUCAUGGUUACAGGGGACAAUAUGUUGACGGCGCUGAGUGUGGCUAGAGACUGCGGCAUCGUUUCAUUGGGUCAGCGUGUCAUUACUGUCAAUUCAAAGUUGAAGCCGGGCGAUCAAGUUCCUCAAAUCUACUACUCUGAAACCAAUCAUCCAGUGCCCACGUUCAACAUGGCACAAGGAAACUCUAGUCAAAUGACGGCAACCAACAGUAUUUUCAGUCUUGACACCUCUGAGUCGCUCACAGCCAUCACUCCGGUCACAGCCAAUGGAACAGCUAGAAACAGUAUUAUGACCGAUGUCGAAAUGCCUGUUGACAACAAAGUUAUUUGUUCCAAUGACUACGGAUCACCUUCGAACUUUGUGUUCUCGCUGACUGGCUCGGUGUGGUCGCUGAUACGUGACAAAUACCCGGAACUGAUGCCGAAAAUCGUAACUCGUGGAGCGGUUUUCUCUCGAAUGACGCCCGAUCAGAAACAGGAACUGGUAGAAGAACUGAAAUCGCUUGGCUAUUAUGUUGCAAUGUGUGGCGACGGGGCAAACGACUGUGGCGCCCUGAAGGCAGCUCACACAGGCGUCUCUCUGUCCGACGCCGAGUCGUCCAUUGCGGCGCCGUUCCGCUCACGCGACGUCAACAUACAGUGCGUCGUGCAAGUUGUACGCGAAGGUCGGGCAGCGCUAGUGACGUCAUUCGCGAUAUUCAAGUACAUGGCCGCCUACAGCCUGGUGCAGUUCAUCUCGGUGAUGAUCCUCUACUCGAUCGACAGCAACCUGUCCGACUUCCAGUACCUGUUCAUCGACCUGUUCCUGAUCACGGCGUUCGCCUACGUCAUCAGCCAGGCGGGUGCCUACAAGGGGGCCCUCGUCCCGCAUCCGCCGCAGACCUCACUCAUCUCCAUGGCGCCCAUUGUCUCCCUCGUCGGCCAGAUGCUCAUCGCCUACGCCUUCCAGCUGGCCAGCUUCUAUUCAGUUCAGAAUUUCGAAUGGUUCCAGCCUUACAACGCGACCGACGCGCCGUCUGUGGAGUGUCACGAGAACUACGCGGUGUUCACCAUCUCCAGCCUGCAGUACAUCAUCCUGGCGGUGGUGUUCGCCAAGGGUCCGCCCUACCGCAAGAGCAUCCUCACCAACUGGAGUCUGCUGCUGGUCAGCUUCCUGUCCUGUCUGCUCGUCUUCUAUCUAAUCCUUGAGCCGCCCGAACUGCUCAGGAGGAAGUUUGACCUGGUCAUGCCCGAAGGAUACUCGUUCAGGCUCAUAGUGCUGGCCCUCGGGGUCUCCAACUUCCUAAUCGCCAGCAUUCACGAGUUUUUCGUGUGCGACUAUCUGCUGUUCCAGAAAUUGCGGGAGAGGCGAAAAGAGAUGGGCAUAAUCGGUGACAAGAAGAAGUACUUGGAGAUGGAGCGAGAGAUGCGCGCUGACGCAGGAUGGCCGGUGUUGAGCGGCGCAGGUGACGUCUCGACGCCCGCCAACACAAAGUGUCACACGCCGCGAUCCCCCCUCACUGUCAUGCGGGUCAACGCCAACGGGUCCGCUUUCACAUUCCCCACCGAUUCUGUGAUGAGGUCAUCGGGUGACAUGAGUGACGUCACAGCCACAUUGCCUCGACAGCACAACGGCUUACCGCCUCCGCCGCAUCACCUGCCUCGCUAUCUGUCGCAGUCGUCACACAUCACUCAGUCCGAGGACAGUCUGAGUCACUACCUCACCCCGCCAGAGAGCUUCCACUCGUCAGCCGUCGAUAUUCAAUGAUGCUCUAUCUCACUUUAUUUGCUCCACUGUUGGAUUUAUUUAUGAAGUAAUUCUGUAUCCUUCACUGAUUUAGACAACAAUCUGAGUGCGAGAAUAAUGACGAAACUAUAUUAGGCGUUUUCAUAGUCGAAAGGGCGGGAAGCUCUCCGAUUAGCUUAUUUUUUUCAGGCGUUUUCAGAGUCGGCAGGGCAGGAAGUUUUCCGAUUGGCUAAUUGGGUUGGCACAUGAAGGGACGCCUUGAACGCAGGACGUUUUCCGAUUUGCUAAUUGGGUCGGCACAUGAAGGAACGCCUUGAACGCCUAAUAUGGUCUCCCCUUAACUAGACCUUUUUGUAGUAAUAAACAGCGCACAAGCAACAAAAUAGCUGUUAUUGAUAACUGGUUAAUUUCAACGAAUUAUUUUACUUGGACCAUCCAGAGAAUCAAGCUCAUUGUGUCUUUUAUUUCUGUGAAUGGACUGAGAGUAAAAGGCGCGUUUAUCAGGUUGCACUAAACGAGAUUAAAGCUGCGUUUACACCGGAGUUUUAAUAACACAAUUCAUUAACAAAAGGCUAUUAACUUGGCUGAAUCGUCAAAAAUUUCACUUAACUAAAGUUGAUAACUCGUGUUUUUAACUGAAAAUUCCUUGUUAUUAAAGAAAAUGUUAUUAACAUAUUUUAAUGACAUAAAAUAUUAUUAACAUUAUGUUAUAAACUCCGGUGUAAACCCAGCUUAACUUUCUUCAAUCAGCUGAUCAUUCCUAUUUCCACUGGAAUUAAUGUAUAUACAGUACAUUAAUUAAUAGAUAAACCUAUAUACAUUUGGACUGUUGUAUAAAUUAGAAUUUGAACCGUUUUGGGCGUGAGCCUGUGGUACUUUUUUGUGAGUUGUGUAAUUCUGAAUGAUUAAAUAAAAUAAAUGUAACUUGUGAGGGGAGGCUAGAUGGUGAGUUGGUAGAGUGAGAUAGUCUAGUCGCAAGGUACCGUAGUGAAAAAGGGACAUUAGGGGAAUUAAUUCCAAACAAGCUGGAUUUUUUGUGCAAUGAUUUUGUACAGCUUAAAUACGAAAAAUUGAACUUCUAUCCCCAAAUAUUUUUACAGGAUGCCUUAACAACCUUGAAUUUUCGGUUCCUUUUCCAGUUUUCUGCGAUUUUCACCUAAUUGAGUCAUCGUACGAAAAACUCUAUUUUUAGAUAAUAUAAUUGAUGAAAUCAUUUCACUCAUUGAUGAAAUAAUUCGGAGAUAUCUAUCUUUAUAGAGUGCUGAAUUGCAAUUUAAAAAAAAA